UUGCCAACAUGCGAUCGAGUCGCAAGCUCGAGCGACCGGCGAGCUUCGCCGACGCCAAGCCGCUGCAAGAGUCGGAGCGGCUCUUCCUCGAGACGAUCGCGGCCGACGCCUUUGAGCAGUUUCUCUCGUCAGCGAUGGAGCGGUCGCCGGUCUGGUCGCUCCUCGGCGACUUCAACCACGUGACUGUCUACGAAGGCCCGGCGCUGCCGUCCGAAGACCGCAUUGUGCCGUACCGUGGGUCGCUCUCGCUCAACGGAUCGCUCGACGAAGUCCGCGCGAUGCUGAGCAACCUCACGGCCGAUCAAAUGGCGUUCACGCAAGAGCACCACAAUGACGGCAUGCUCGACAUGGCGAUCCUCCACCACGUUCUCGAGCCGUCGCUCCGCGACCCGUUCCGGCACGUCGUCGUGCGCUGGUUCGUCCUCGAGUGCCCCAAGCCGCUCUACCACCGCGACUUUUGCGUGCUCGAGACGCAAAAAGAAUGGCUCUUGCCCGGUGGGCGGCGGGCGUGGGCCAUUGCACAGCACUCGGUGACGCUACCGACAUGUCCAGACCUGAAAUCCAACCUCAUGGUGGUCCGCGGCUCCAUGUACAACAGCGGGCUUGUCUUUCUCGAGAGCGAUGUACCCGGCGUCCUGAACGUACACUCGCACAUGGAGGUCAACCUCAAGGGCGCGAUGCCCUCGUGGCUCUACAAGAGCAUUCUCAAGCGGCACGUGGCCCGCAUCGGCUACAUAGCGUCGACGAUCCACGAGUUUCGCUUGGCCGAGUGCGUCCAGAGCUACUUCGUGGUGAUGGUGCCGCUCCGCGAGCGGACGCACUGUACGCAGUGCCUCAAGCGCUUCCACACGCUGCGGCGCAAGUGGAACUGCCGGACGUGCGGCGAAGUGUUUUGCUACAAAUGCACGAGCAGCUUUGAGCCCAAGGGCCACAAGACCAAGCGCGACCAGCGCGUCUGCUCGUUCUGCGCCAAGUUUAUUCGAGAGCAGAGCACGAGUUCGAUCCGGAAGAACGUGUUUAGCGACCUCUGCCUGCACAUGUCCCCCGGUUACCAAGGCUUGUCGCCAACGUACGAUGAUGAAUCUUCCAUGCCACACCGGCAGCGCAAAUUGCGCCUCUCGCAAGACGACAUGCGCCGACUCAUGAAGGCCACCGACUCGGACCCGUGCAUGCGCAGCUACUAGCGUCUCCAUGUUGCUGCUGUCUCUGUAAAUGCGACGCGUCUAUUGUGUAUGCGU